AUGAGCAAGGACUUGAUGAGCGGGUCCAUCCUGCACUGCCUGGAAACGGCGAGCCUAGGAAUGCCCCUGGAGGUAUGGAAGACGAGGAUGUGUGUGUACAGGAACGAAAACACCAUCAGAUCAUUUGUCAACAUUUAUAACAAAGGGGUAGGGCAAUUCUACGCUGGUUUUUACGCCAAGUUAGUAGAGAGCUCCUCCAAGGGAGCCGUCCUUUUAAUAUCAAAAGAGCAUAUGAUUAAAUUGUGCACCGAUUUAAAUAUAAACCAAACAACAAGUGGCUUUAUUGGUGGGGCUUUCGGAGGCAUUUCACAAUCCUUCGUUAUGACCCCUUGUACCUUUUUUAUAACUGCGAGUAUUGACAACAAAAUUAAUUAUAAAAAAAAAAUUGUAGACAUUUUUAAGAACAGAGGAUUUACGACCUUGUAUAAUGGGAACAGUGCCAUGUGUUUGCGGCAGGGGACCAACUGGGCCAGCCGCCAGGGCAUUACUGAGUGGGUCCGUAACUUAUUCAUCGAGCGGAAGAGGAAGACGGCGGAGGGAUUGCACCAAGGACAUUUGAAAAAUGAAAUUGCGGAUAAGGGGGAUCAGAUUAAUCAGUCCACCACGAUGCAGAAGAAUACCCAUUCGUUAGACAAACCAGCAGAUAGUGCUUGCGAUUUAUCCCCCACGGAAGAGCUCCUCUGUGGUAUCCUUGGAGGAGCCCUAUCUGUUUGGAACAACCCGUUUGACGUAAUUCGAGUGUACAUGCAGAACAACGCGAAUAAAAAUAUCAAGCUCACGUUCAUGCAGUCAUUUGUUAACCUGUACAAGGAGGGAGGGAUCCUGUACCUCUACAAGGGGGUUAUCCCCCGAUGCUUCCUGUGCAUCUGGCAAACCCUAUUUAUGGUUACGGGGAUUAAAAUUUUGAACAAAUACGUUUAA